GGGAGGAUGGGGGCUGGUGGAGAGGCUGGCUACAGCAGAGUUACAACAGCGUACGAGACAAGUCUGCAGAGGCUUUGGAGUUUAUGAAAAGAGAUCUAUCAGAGUUUUCCCGGGUCGUGCAGCAUGACACAGCUUGCACUAUUGCUGCCACAGCCUCUGUUGUCAAAGAGAAACUGGCGGUGGAAGGAUCUUCAGGAACCACAGAAAAAGUGAAGAAAGGUCUUUCAGAUUUUCUAGGAGUCAUUUCUGACACAUUUGCUCCAUCCCCUGAUAAGACAAUUGACUGUGAUGUUAUUACACUGAUGGCCACACCUUCUGGAACAACAGAGCCAUAUGACAGUACUAAGGCACGUUUAUACAGUUUGCAGUCUGAUCCAGCAACAUAUUGCAAUGAACCUGAUGGCCCUCUUGAGCUGUUUGAUGAAUGGUUAACCCACUGGGACUCAGAGCAACGGAAAGCAGAAAUAUCCGAACUUCUAGUUUCAAGCCCUUCAAUCCGCGCGCUCUACACCAAAAUGGUUCCUGCUGCUGUUUCUCACUCUGAAUUCUGGCAAAGGUAUUUUUAUAAAGUGCACCAGCUUGAGCAGGAAGAAGCAAGGAGAGAUGCUCUGAAACAAAGAGCAGAGCAGAGUGUUCAUUUUGAAGAGCCGAGGUGGGAGGAGGAAGAAGAGGACUUUAUUGGAUCUGGAUCACCACGUGUUUCAAAUAUUGAGAAGUUUAGAAUAUCUUCAGCUGCCAUUCCAGCCCUUAAUGUGCAAAGCAGUGCUGAGGAGCCAAACCUACAGUGCAAAGAAACUGUUUGUGUGACAAGCCCCUCUGAGAGCAGUGAAAGCAUCUCCCCAAUCACUCAGAUUGACAAUCCUGCUUACCAUGGACCCAAAGCUCCAGCUGAAUCCUCUGCCAUUCCAUCUGAAGUAGCUGAUGAGCUACAAGAUGACAAAUCAGAAGUGAACUUAGUCCUAGUCUCCGAGGAACAUUCAGUGGCCAAAGUCAAUACACAGAGCUCCAUUCGAAAAGAAGAACAGCCCUCUGAUCUUCGUGUUUUUGAACUUAACAGUGACAGUGGCAAAUCAACACCUUCUAACAAUGGACAGAAAGGGUCCAGUACGGACGUCAGUGAGGAUUGGGAGAAGGACUUUGAUAUGACAGAAGAGGAGGUACAGCUGGCCUUGUCUCGUGUAGAGGUGUCUGGAGAGUUGGAAGACGAAGAUUGGGAAAACUGGGAAUAA